AGAAAAGCUCAAGAUAUCCUCGACGACUGGAAGUUCGACGCUUGGCGCAAGCUGGGUCUGCUAGCCUCCAGUGACGAACUGCUAGUUCGACGCCUAGUGCAAGCUGGGACUGCUAGUCUGAAGGAUAGUUUAAUUAUAUAUUGCUAUUGGAUAUGA